AUGGUACAGUUGCAGGAACGACCAGAGGGUGUAGAUGUUCUCCUCGCUGCGCGACGUGAAGCCACCCCAAAACCGGAGGCAAGUGCCUUACAGGUGAAAGACCCGACAGAUGUCCCGAGUCCGGAGCAGUGGACACUAGAUAUGUUGGUACCCAAGUUGAUUUCCCAAGCUUUUGUGGAUAUGGCGCUUCGAAUCGGUGUAGCUGUGCCUCUGACCAACCCGCCAAACCUGGAGUCCGAGGCGAGGACUCAGAACCUUCUCGGACUGGGGCGAUUGUCUGGAACAUCUCGCCUCAGAAACGAACGGCGUUUCAGAUUCGUUCCAGAGUUCGAUUCGGAAGACAUACUAGAGAAUGUCUUUGAAAGCGCAUUGGACGAUUUCUCACACCCUAUGGAUGACGCCUCGGACCUCUCGGAUACUCCUGUCCAAAGUAUGGAACGAGAAUACGAACGUGUCAUGCGAGUGACAGUGGAAGAUCUAGAUCUGGAACCAGCUGUAUAUCUCCGAGAAGGGACGGAGCUCUUGGCUCAGUUGAGUGAUCAUCUGACUAUGUUUCCAGAGUUAGAAGAAUUGAUCCCGGAGUGUGACAUCGACAAAGCCGACGUUGGUGAACCAGGCGUCACGACCCCAGAGAUGGAGGACAAGAUGCGGAAGAUCUUGAAUUAUCAUCGUCGCAUCUUUUUAAGUGAUGGUAAUGCCGCACCGGCCCCAGCUCGUGGAGUUGUUUGUGAAUUGGGCGUAGGUGAUGCGACGCCGAUAGCGCUGCGUGCUCGGCAGAUCGCCUCCAGAUAUCUGGUAAAGGUUUACGAACUCCUGAAGAAGCUCCUAGAGACUGGACUCAUUGAACAUUCUGAAUCGGAGUGGUCAUUCCCGAUCGUGAUCGUUUAG